UUCCAAACCUCUGCGAAAUUCAUGAACCAAAAUAAAAUAAAAACAAUCCCAACCCGAACCUCAUUAAUUAACUGGGUUUUAAUCCCAAAUUCUUAAUAAAGUCCUAAAAAAACGCCUAAACGCAGACUGCGAUACACAGCUUUCUUCUAACAGUUAGGCAUAAAAGAAGUUUCAGUUCAACCUCCCUUCCCUCUCUCUCUCUUCCCCAUUCAUUGAACCCAUCCAUUCACCUCUUUACUCCUGCAUUUCCUGUCUCUCUCUCUCUCUCUCUAGAAAUGUCUACUUCCCCCCUCCCUCUGCCCCAACUUCUCCUCAGUCCCUCCCAAUACCCUUCUCAUCACCCACCACCAUGUCUUCUUCUUCUCUUUCUUUUUCCUCCUGCGACGAAAACGACGCCGUCUUUUUCCUCCCCAACACUGUCUCCUUCUGGACCCUCCAAGACAUCAACCAUUGCCAGAAACUCAGCGAACUCCUCACCUCCCUCUCCUUCUUCUCCAUUCCCCUCGAAUUCCUCUUCUUCCUCUCCUCCUCCUCCUCCUUCUCCUCUUCUCUCUUCCCUCACCGCAAAUUCAUGACCCAGUUCGCCGCCUUCAUGGUCCUCUCUGGGGUAACCCACUUCGUCUCUGCUUUCACUCACUCACGCCACUCGUUCCAACUCUUGUUCAUUUUAACCCUGUUUAAAAUCUUCACUGCUUUGCUAUCUUGCGCCACCUCGUUCGAGCUAGCAAAGCUCAUACCUCGCAUGAUGGGAGUCAUGGUCAGACAGGGUCUGUUGGUGACGAAGACCAGAGAGGUGGGUCGCGAGAUUGGGUUGAUGAGGAAGCAGGCGGAGGCCAGUUGGCUCGCCCUCAUGCUGAGUCGGGAAAUUCGUAAAUCGCUGGAUCGUCACACCGUUUUGGAAACCUGUGUGGCUGAGUUGUCCAAGGCUUUCUCGUUGGACAACUGUGCCAUUUGGUUGCCUGAUGAGUCGAACACGGCGAUGGUACUGAGUCACGAGUCGAGAAGGACGAUUUACGAGCCUCUGUGCGUUCCUAUUGAUGACCCAGAAAUGGCUGAGAUUUUGGCGCGAAAGGGGGUCGGAUUUUUAAAGCUGAAUUCGAAGCUGGGAAACGGGGUGGCGCCGGGGGUGGCGAUUAGGCUGCCGGCGGUGGAGCCGUGUUAUGGGAUUCUGGUUUUGGUCUUGCCGGAGGAAGGAGAUAGAAUUUGGAGCUCCGCGGAGCUCGAAAUUGUGGAAGGAGUGGCUGAUCAGGUGGCCGUGGCGUUGUCACACGCUGCAAUCAUCGAAGAGUCAUUGCUUAUCAGAGAGAAGCUUAUGGAGCAGAACAUUGCUUUACACAGGUCUAAAGAACUGGCCAUGAAUGCUAAUGAAGCAAUGUGUUCGUUUUGGGCCGUGAUGAGUCGAGAAAUGAUCAGGCCAAGCCAAUCAAUCGCCGCGAUUAUGUCAGUUCUUCAGAUAGAGAAUUGGGUGUCUGAAGAACAGAGGAAGAUAGUUGAUACUAUGGCAAAGGUGGGUCUACUGUUGUCUGGUUUGAUUGAAGAUGCGACUGGUGAUUCGGGUUUGGGUUGCAGUAGGAUAGAGUUGAAGUCUCAUGCUUUUAGCCUCAAUUCGAUGUUGAAGGAGGUUGCAAGCGUUGGGAAGUUAAUGUGUGAUAUCAGAGGCCUGAAUUUUGAAAUUCAGGUUUGCGGGAAGGUGUCAGGACAGGUGAUUGGGGAUGAAAUGAGGAUCAUUCAGGCCAUUUUAUUGAUGGUUGUUAAGAUUUUGGGUUUUCAAGAAUGUGGCACUGUUUUUGUAUCUGUAGUUGUAGAAGAUGGUUCUCAGGAGUGGAAGCAAUAUGUAUGCAAGGGAUUGGUUCUCUUGAAAUUUGAAAUCCGUGGAGUUUACUCGGGAAAAAACUACCCGAGUUUGUUGCAAAUGCGAAAGAAUUUCGAGAACAACAGAUAUGAAGACAGAAAUCCUUGGAAUGGUUUCAGCGUUUGUGAAAAAAUGGCCAAGCUCAUGCAUGGGAGUGCAUCAAUUGGCCACAACUCAAAAGACCUAAGUAGAACCUUGAAAUUGACAAUCAGAUUACCCAUUCGACAUUCACAUGGAGGUCUUGUUCAACCGAGGCUUAUGGACCCUGAGACUGUGCGGUGCCUUUUGAAAGGAAUGAAAACAAGCCUUGCAGAUAGUGAUGGUUUCAACCAAUAUGCUACCAGGAAGCAUUUAGAAAACAUGGGAUGUCAUCUAACAACUGUGUCGUCUUGGGGCCAAUGCUUGGAAACGCUUCGUUCAAGCAAGAACUACUACCAUCUACUACUAAUAGACCUAGACAUUUUUGAGGAAGAGGGUAGUGAAGUGAUUGCUCAGAUAAGAAAAUUAAGAUUGGAAAGCUGCCUUCGAAUAGUUGUGUUGACAUCAAGGUCUGACAGUGAUAUCUGGGAUAGGUGUGUUCAGUAUGGAUUUCAUGGUGUUAUUCGCAAGCCUAUUGUUUUGCAAGAGAUGGAAGAUGAGUUGCAAAGGAUUUUUCACCAAACAAGGGUACACUCUCCUCCUAUACAAAACAACCGGAAUGACUAAACGUUUUAACUUUCUGUUUACCCGUAUAGAGACGGUGGUUCCUUCGCUUAACAUCCUCGUAUAUCAGAUAACAAUGGAAAGAGAGAUAGAAAAAGAACCAGUGUUUGACUUAGAAAAUUCAAACCUACCAUUUAGUUUUUGUCCCCGUCCUUCAGGUACAUGGAAUGUGGAGGUUCAAUGUUGCAUUAUCUAAGUGAAUUCCUAGAUUGAUUUGUAUUUUCUUUGUGGUUCAAUUAAUCUCUAUACCCAUUUACUUCUAAUU